AUGGGGAACCAAUUGCAGAGACAAAAAAAGAUAACUUCACAUGGUUUCAUCAUCGAUCCUUCGGAAGUGAAGUUAGCAGACUGGAUUUUUCAGACAUAUCCAGAAACAGCAGUGAAUGUCAAAUUGCAAGACGAUGAGCUAAGGACAAGAUACAUGAACCUUUUAUUCGGAAUCAUCAAGAGACUUUACCACAAGACUUUACGUGAUCUCAACGAUGAUGAUUUGACCAAAGCUUCAAAGGAAUUGUCUGAUGUGAUACAAGCUGGUUUUAGUGUGGAAUGGUUAGCUUUAAAGCUUGAGAAGGUUUCCUUGGAGAAGAAGACUUCUGAAACUCGGAUUCGAGAACUCAAAGAAGAGGUUAAGAAACUUAAGCUAGCCAUGUUAGAGGAGAAGGCCAAGUUGAAGAAGAAACCAUGUUGGAUCACCAAGACAGAGAUACAUAUUUCUUGUUAG